AUGCACUGGUCAGCAUUGACUUUGGCCCUGGCGGCCCUCGCUACUGCGCCGCAGCUGUUCGCCGCCGGCAUGUAUCGCGAGCCAGUCAAGGAACUGGACAGCAAGUCUUGGAACCGCGUCAUGUCCGUCGAGCACGCGUCGAUGGUCGCUUUCGUCGCACCUUGGUGCGGCCACUGCAAAAACCUGGGACCCGAGUUCUCCUCCGCGGCCCAGUCCCUCGCCCCUCUGAUCCCCUUUUACACCGUCAACUGCAACGAGGAGGCCAACCGCCGCCUCUGCGCCGAGCACGAUGUCAAGGGGUACCCCACCAUCAAGGCCUUUCCCCGGGGGAAGAAGGGUGCGGCCCGUCCAUACGAGGGUCAGCGCAACAGGGGCCCAAUGGUAGAGUAUGCCAAGUCGUUGAUCCCGGAGCGUGUCAAGAAGUACCGCGCAGACGAGGGUGGAGAUGCGGUCGUGACCAAGUUCCUCGACGAGAAGCCCGCGCUCCCGCACGCCCUCCUCGUACACCCCUCGGCACCGUCGAUCCCCUUCCUCUGGAAGGUUCUCGGACACCGUCUCUCGGGCAAGAUGUUCCUCGGCUACGUCCGCGACACGCCCAAGCACGAGGUCCUCUCCACCGUGGGCGUCUACGAUGCCGCUGACAAGCGCGACACCGCUAGGCUCGUGUACUGGCCCGUAGGCGCCUCGAGGGCCGAGGUGGUGGAGUAUGACGGUGCGCUCAAGUUCAACGCCAUCCUCGAAUGGCUCGAGGCACACCUUAGCGGCACCCCUCUGCCUUCCUCGUCGGCCGACAAGCCCAAGGGCGCGUCUGAGCCUGAGCCCGCCGCCUCCGACGCGUCAAAGGCCAGGGCCUCGGCGACGGACAAGGCAACGGACGACGCAGACGCCAAGCGCCGCGCCAAGCUGGAGGAGUCUGAGCGCCGUGACCGUCUCCGCCGGGAAAAGCUCGCUGCCAAGCAGGCCGCCGAGCAGGAGCAGGAGGACGAGGAGGCUGCCAGCCCCGUGGACGCACCUGCCCCCGAGCCUGUGGAGGAGGAUGAGGCCGAGCCCCAGCUCGACAUUCCUGUCGAGUCGCCUCACGCCGAGCACGAGGAGGUGGCUGGCGAGCAGGAAAGCGGCACCCCCGUCGACGCGCCAGAGCCCGAGGUGGCCGAGGACUUUGAGGAGGAAGCGGAGGAGGAGAAGGAGAAUGUCCAUGACGAGCUCUAA